UCACCCAUGUCCUCUGAAGAAGGAUUCAGCUCCACGAUCACAGAUUGGCUUUUCAUCAAUUCCUGGUGGCUCCUUCUGCCAUUCAUCAUGCUUCUUGUAGUCGCUGCCUUCAUCGUUGCCUUUGUGUUGUUGUUAUACAUGAUAUCGCCCCUUAUUAGUCCAAAGCCUCUGAAACUGAACGGGGCCCACGUCGUGGUGACCGGAGGCUCAAGUGGGAUUGGGAAAUGCAUUGCAGUUGAGUGCUACAGGCAAGGAGCAUUCAUCACUUUGGUGGCACGAGACGAGGAUAAAUUGCUUCAAGCAAAGAAAGAGGUGGAGAAAUUUGCCAUCAAUGACAAGCAGGUGGUGCUCUGCAUAUCAGUGGAUGUUUCCAGUGAUUAUAGUCAGGUGGAAAAUGUGAUAAAACAGGCUCAAGAGAAGCUGGGACCUGUUGACAUGCUUGUGAACUGUGCUGGAACAUCCAUUUCUGGAAAGUUUGAGGAAGUGGAGGUGGAUCGUUUUAAAAAACUGAUGGAGGUGAACUACCUGGGCAGCGUUUACCCCACACGAGCCGUGAUAACCACCAUGAAGGAGCGACGGAUGGGCCGCAUCAUGUUCGUGUCCUCCCAGGCGGGACAGAUCGGUCUGUUCGGAUACACGGCCUACUCCCCAUCCAAGUUUGCGCUGCGCGGCUUAGCAGAGUCGCUGCAGAUGGAGAUAAAGCCAUACAAUAUCUAUGUGACGGUGGCAUAUCCUCCUGACACCGACACUCCUGGGCUGGCUGAAGAGAACAAGACAAAGCCUCUAGAGACCAGAUUAAUCUCUGAAACCGCUGGAGUUUGUCAACCAGACCAAGUGGCUAAAAUCGUUGUUCGGGACGCAGUGCAGGGGAACUUCAACAGCUCUGUUGGUCCCGAUGGUUACAUGCUGUCAGCCCUCACCUGUGGAAUGUCACCCGUCACCUCCAUCACAGAAGGUCUCCAGCAGAUCGUCACCAUGGGCUUAUUUCGGACCAUCGCUCUCUUCUACCUGGGGAGCUUUGACAGCAUCGUACGCCGCUGCAUGAUUCAAAGAGAGCAGUCGAAAGCAGCUGACAAGAGGGAGUAACGGGAGCCUUACCUUCUUCACAGCCCAGUGCCCCAACUUUCUCCACAGCUUCCCUUCCUCCAGUCCCUUCCUCCAGCUGUACAAGUGCACAACCGUAGGUGGGGAAAAACAGGCCAAGUCAAGUGCAUUUCUGAUAUUAAAAAAAAGACAGAUGGGAUGAAAGAAAGUAGCAGAUGUUUACUUGUUGCUUGUCCAGUGACGUAACCACUCCAUAGCCAUUUUGAUUUGUAACUUCUCUCAGAGCAUUCCAGUGACUUUGGUUCAAUGUGUCCACCUGCUUCUUUUUGUGGGAGCAGCCUUACUCUGUGCUUGAUUUUGCACAGUCAUGUUUCCAUUCUUGCCGACAGAAAAAAAGCAGCAGAUAGCUCGUCUGACUGGUUGUGCCAAAUAUGGCUUGAACUUCCCUCCUACCAGGGGCUGUAGUGAAAAACAGAAUGGUAACGCUCACCCUUUUGUCGUAUUCUUGCAUGUACCACCAAACUAUCUCCACCUGGUAAGAAUUUUACAGUUUUCACUAAACAAGCCCAUUGUUCGCCACCAUUUCGUACCACAAGUCUUUGCAGGCAAAGCACCUUCCCUUUUGACUGAAUAACCUCUGUGUUUGAAACCAGUUAUGACCCUCAGCGCUUUGUUUACGCUGUGGGAUGUUUUGUUUUUGUGUUCCGUGUGUGAACUAAGCCGAGACGUGAUACAAAUGCACUAUUCAGUGAUAUUGACAAGUGAGAGAGAGCAUGGUUUUUUGUUUUGUUUUAUUUUACUAAUGCAAAAACGUAAUUUCCACAAAAUAAUAAUAUUCAAAAAAAUUUACAUGCAGUGUUGGGCAGGAUGAGCUGUGUGUGUGUGAAUGUGUGUGUUUGUGUUCGCUGUGACUGAGCCGACCCCUGGGGAGAGAAAAGCCAUUAGAUUUUAUUGUCUCGGGAAUUAAAGACACCAAAUUAUUUUCUCAUCAUUCCAGCUAGGUUCAUCGAAGAAGGAAAGCAGGUACUAUAUGGGUUGAAGCCAUGAGGUCUAAAAAUGGAGAGAGGGGGGGAAAAAAACAGCACGUGAUUUCACUUUUCACCUGCGCAUUUAAACCAAUAUACUUUUGUAACACUUUGAAUUUGUGAAAGGAAGCGUAUAAUUUUUACAUGCAGUUCUAUGUGUCGGUGCACAUAUUCAGCCACCCCACAGUCAAGAUCCGAGCAGGAUCUGUUGGGUUGGCGCAAGCCAGGAAAGCGCAGGACUCGCUGGUUCGAGUCAUGUCUCUGUAGGUCUAGUGAGGGCGCUGGAGAUUUGUCUUACACGAAGGACAAAAUAGUAGAGGGACUAGCGUGGAAGUGAGGUCCUUGUCCUUCUCAUUUUGACAUGCUGUCACCCUGUCAUGCACAGCUGGGACUUUGUAACUCUAAACGAGAACAUCGACUCCCUCCUGGUUUCUGUCGAGUCCUGAAAAAUCUUUUAUUCACCAUAUGGCUUUCUAAACAUUUUGCAUAGAGGGAGAAAAAAGUACAGCUUGGACUCUUGCAAGUCUUCCUUCGGUCCAUCACAAUCGGGGAGAAUGUACUUUAAUACAAAGCAUACAAAUCAGAACAUAGGAAUAUUAUUUUGAAAUACACCAAUAUUUGAAUGCCAAAAUGUGUUAAGACAAUUUCUGUAGUUGCAAUCCAUUUAGUCGCGAUUUAUUUUUCGACGUCGCUGCUCUGUUGAUCUUAGUUUGUACAAACUGUGGAGCAGCGUGGGGACCCAUUCUGAGCCUUAAGACGUGACUACUGACAAAGCGACCGCUAUAAGAAUGGGCCUGUCCACAGACAAAUGUGACUUCACCCACAUGUGGUUUACCAGAUUAGUUAAAAUGAUUUUUUUGGUGUCGAAAAAAAAAAAAGCCAGCUGUUUUGUGUAUUUGGUCGAUUUCUAGUCUUUGUAUGACAAAAGAAGCCUUACUGAAAAUCCAAGAUAUGAUAGUGAGAAUGGAUGACUCAUGUUUUGAUGAUGUUCUCAUUUGAUAUUGGUUUAGAGGCAUACUGUCCUGCACUCAAGAGCUUUUCAUAAUUGUGCAUUUCUUGCUUUCAGAAGUUCUCUUUUACCUUAAGGUAGCAACACAUAGCUGAUAGGACAUGUAGCUCAUAUAAAAAGCAGUUUUGUUUUAAUUAACACCUUUAAGCUAUGCAAAUGAAGCCUAUGCUUACAGUACGUAUGUUUAAACAUACCCGAAAGAUUUGAGUUGUGUAACAGCCACACUAGCUUCCCCCAUUUAAUGGUGUCAUCAACAGAUACUUAAUGAACAUGAAAGUCAUACUGCACUCUUUUGUUUCAUUCUUUUUUUUUUUGUUGUUGCUUUUUUUACUUUAUUUUUCUGCCAAAAAACUUAACACCUUCACCUUGUGUGCCAUUGAAAGAAAAUGUGAGAAGUGGAACGUUUCUUUGUCUUAUUUUCUUACAUGAUAAACUAAAUAAAUACCUGUGAGGAAAAAAUUAAAA